GUUCUCACGGAAGGAGAGGGAUGGAAGUUUGCAAGUUGUGGACAUCAAACUGCAUCGGCGGCCUGAACUCAGAGCUGAAAAACACGCACUAACGCAAUGGUAUCGCCGGAUUCUGGUUAUGCUUCGUCCAACGAGGAGGCUCCGGCGGCCAAAUCUCCGACUCACAAGUCACAGUCACUUCCUCCGUCAGAUGGUAUAGAGACAACAUAUCUGAGGUUUCUUGCAUCAAAUGCUGAAGCUGGUUCCAUCAUUGGAAAGGGUGGAACAACAAUUUCUGAUUUCCAAUCAAGAUCCAAUGCAAGGAUUCAGUUAUCACGCAAUUAUGAGUAUUUUCCAGGAACAUCUGAUAGGGUUAUCAUGGUGUCUGGAACAACCGAUGAAGUUCUUGAAGCUGUUGAACUUAUCCUAACUAAGUUGCUCAAUGAGUUUUAUGCUGAAGAUGGUGAUGAGGGUGAGCCAAGAUCAAAGGUCAGACUAAUUGUACCUAAUAGCUCAUGUGGUGGAAUCAUUGGAAAGGGUGGAUCCAUGAUUAGGUCCUUCAUUGAAGAUUCUGGAGCUAACAUUAAGAUCUCCCCUCAGGAUCACAACUAUAUUGGAUUAAAUGAUAGGCUUGUAACAGUGAUUGGCACCCUACAACAACUGGUUCAAGCUAUUAAUCUGAUUUUAUUUAAAUUAUCUGAAGAUCUCUACUAUCUUCAGUCCAUUGGCCCCCCAUUUCCAUAUGCUGCACCUUACAAUGCCCCCUCAAACUACGGACCACAUGGGGGCGGUGGAAAGUUUCAAAACAAUAAGGAAGAUAUGAGUAAUUCGGUUACUCUAGGUGUUGCAGAUGAGCAUAUAGGGAUUGUUGUGGGCCGUGGUGGCAGGAACAUCAUGGAAAUCAGUCAGAUCAGUGGAGCCAGGAUCAAGAUUUCUGAAAGAGGUGAUUUCAUAUCUGGGACAUGCGACAGGAAAGUGACAAUGACUGGAUCACAAAGGGCAAUCCGUGUGGCAGAGGCAAUGAUAAUGCACAAGGUUGCUUCUGCUUCAACUCCACCACCACCACCACCUGCAGAUAUGAAUCCUGACCAUCUUUCUGUUGAAAAUCUCUCAGUGCAGUAAUUUGUUUUCAUGUCUGGAAGUUAGGUUUUGGAAGAGGGUGUUGUAGUCUUUAUUUUUAUUUUUAUUUUUAUUUUUAUGUUUAGCUAAUUUUAUUGUCUAUUGAUAUUAAAUGUUUAUGAGAGGAAUGAAGGGUUUGGUGGGAUAUUAUUAUUAUUAUUAUUAUUA